UGGCCAAAAUGUCAUGGCCGCCUUCGCCAUUGCGACAUAUGUACCGUGACAAGUCAUGUCAUUUGUGUCCAUGAUAUAUGAAAAAUUCCAAUGGCAGAUUCUUUCUUCGGGUUCGAUACUUCGUUAUCGAACUUAAAUGAUGAUGAAGGAGGUGGGGAGCCCUCAGAAGACGAAUAUGACGCGCUUAACGACGAGACCUUUGGUCAAGGUUCUGACGAGUUUGACUGGGAGGUGGAACAUGAACAGCUGGCGGAACAGCUGGAGAGCAGCCGCAGACAUCAUGGCGGCAUCGACGACCUCGCCAACACACAGCUCGAGGCAUCGCUAUCCCAGCUAGUGCUGGACGAGACGGACGCGCCGCAGUCAAGGACCAUCGGCUCUAGUGUAUGGAAACAUGACCCUAUCUUCCCGAGCGCGCCCACACCUGUACAAGGACUUAAGAAUGUAUGCACAGUGGAGGAGUUGGAGCGUCAGCUGCGACAGAAGCAGGCGCAGCCUUCUUUCAACCAGAACUACUUCCAGCCAAGAUUUCCACCGGUGAUACUACAAAGGCCGCCUGGUUUGCAGGCGCCCGUACCAUUACCAUUCGCACCACAACAACCAAUGUCCCACGGCAUGAACCAACCACUCAGCAAACUUAUGAACCAAAUGGGACAAAAUAACCAACUCAUACAAAACCAUGUCAACCAACUCAAUCAAGGCGUUUCUCCCUUCAUGAAUAACCAAAUGAGUAAUCAAAUGAACAACCAAUUCCAAAAUAACCCCAUCGGACCCGGAAAUAACCUAAUGAGUCAGUUAUCACAGAACUUAAGUGUUCACCAAAUCAGCAAUAAUCAGAUGAUGGGUCAAAAUGUCAACCAAAUGAGUCAGAAUUUAAGUAUGACGCAAAGUAUGGGACAGUUGGGUCAGAAUAUGAAUCAGUUGAGUCAAAACAUGAACCAAAUGAGUCAAAUGGGUCAGAAUGUCAACCAAAUGAGUCAGAUGGGUCAGAAUGUUAACCAAAUGAGUCAAAAUCAAAUGGGACAAUCUCAGAUGAGUCAAAACCAAAUGGGUCAGACUCAGAACCAAAUGGGUCAGAAUCAGAUGGGACAAAACCAGAUGAGUCAAAAUCGUAUGGGUGAUAUGUCAUCAAUGUCACAGAAUAUGAAUCAAAUGGGCAACCAUUUUUCGAAUAACCAGAUGAACCAGAGUCAUAAUCAGAUCAUGCCAAAUGGUAACCAGUUUGGGAUGAACCAGUUUCAACAUAUGAUGGGUCAGCCAAGGAUGAUGGCGCCGCCUCCUGGUAUCAACCUGCAAAGACAAAACUUUAAUUCCAAUAUUCCACAAGUUAAUCUUAAUUUUCGCCCCUCAAUACCAACAAAACCAGAGCCACCACUAGCCCCACAAAACAUGAUGAUGAACCAACAAAUGCUAAUAAAAAACCAACAACAACCACUAAACAACAUUAAAACCUCAAACAGCAACCAAAUGAGUCAAAUGAACCAACUCAACCACGUAACCACGCAACCACAACCGAAAACCAUACAGAAACCAGCUCAGAAAGAGCAGAAAGUUCAAAAAAGUCGUGUUUAUAACAACUCUAAGAACCAAGGUCAAAGUCAAAGUCAAAAUCAAAAUUUGACUUCGCAGAAUUUGGUUCAGUUGAUUCAAAAUACGCAUCCGAUGUUGCAAUUCAACAAUAGUUAUCACAAUGCGAAUCAUCAUCCCAUGUUGAAUAACAGAAAUAGUGUUUUUACAAACAGUCAAUUUAAUCACCCAAUGUUCAAUCAUAGGGUCAAUGGCGUUUAUAAUAAUCGGUAUGAGAUGCAAAGCCAUAUUUGCUCUUACACAAUAAAAUGGUUAAUAUUUGUAUUAUUUUCUUUAUUACAGGUGUUCUUAGAGAGACAAGCGAGUAAAGAAAAAGAAGGCGUAAAGGAGGCUCACAAAGCGAACCAGCAGAAUCAUCCAUUCUAUAGCGGAGGUGUAAAACAAGAGACCCACACGCACCGCGAGCGUCACAACUCGAACCGUCACAACUCUACCAGCGAGGACACCGCCACGCCGCGGACAUACGUGCCCACGCAGUUCGAGAACUCGCUUGGGAAGCUGCAGUGUGGCAGUGUAACAGCGCCACGUAAGAUUAUCGAUGUGGAAGUAGUAGGAGCGGACGCGGCCCCAUCACGUAUGUCGAGAGCUUCUAGCGUCGCCAGCACCACGCAUCCCACUGAGGUUCCCCGGGAAAUGAAGAGGACGAAACAGUUGUUACUUGACAUAGAGGCGCUUUACUUAAUAUUAUUACGGCUGGAGGAGCUCAACGACCCUCUAGCGAUAUCCAACGCGCUUAUAUUAAAGGAAAGGGAAGAAAAACAGAAGCAACUAGAAGCAGCGCAAAAGGAGGAGAGCGAACAGCAAGAGGUAGCCAACCUGUUCCUCAAGAACAUAGAGUCUGUUCAGCGCAGGCCUAAGCAGGACAGUCCCAAGAGCGAGAGUAUUGACAAACGACAGGUGGUAAACCUAGCAGUGAAUCAGAAGCCGGCGCCCUCGAAGAACUUACUGGACGAGGACAAGGACGACCUCGUCAACAAGAUGUUCGCCGGACUACUGCACAGCGACAGGGUGCAGCAGAUGCUCACUGUUAGGAAGGGACGGACCCUAAUAUCUCGUUUCGUGGCCCGUGUCCCCGCGUCCCACGUGCGCCUGAGGUCUCUAUGGUGCAAGUUGCUGCGAGGUCUACCGGCCGCCGCCAGGAGGGAUCCUAAUAACUUGGCGCCCUUAGCUACGCAUUAUCGGAACUAUAUACAAACGACAACUGGCUGGUCUCCCAUCCUGGAGUCCUGUAGCUUGCUGGCGGAAGCCUUCGAUCCUGCCAGGACACCUUACGCGUUGACUACACCUUUCACCCUAAGCUGCGUCUGCGCACUAAUGGAGAAAGCAGCGAUACUAGUAAACACGCCCGAAGCGACCUCUAACGAGCGCCAAUGGUCGAAAUUCCUCAAAACAUUAGCCAGAGCGCUCAAAAACACAACUUUAAAUGUUGCCAGACCUCUGCAGCCUAUAUCUGGCAACAAAUUACUGUAUCAUAUGAAGCAACUAGAUUCUAGAAGCACUAUAGAAAUCCUACAAAGAGGUAAGACGGCGGAAUUUGCGGAUAUAUCAAAAUCUGAGGUCACCGAACAGUUACUCAAGCACUUGUGUUGAUAUCCGACCUGAUUCGACUCAAUGUUUGGUCGAAAAAAAAACGUUGUGAACAUUCGACCAAUAUUUUUUAAACAUUGGUCGAAAAUUGGGAUUUUGACAGACGAUGAUUAAAGACUAUAUUUUAAUGAAAAUACAGUCGUUUAUAGACAUUUUUCAGUAAUAAAAAAUGUCAAGACUUAGGUACUAUAUGAACGAAGUGUUAUACUUCAGUUUUUUUUAAUUUGACUUAUAUAUAAAAUCAGAAUGUCGCCGGUUGUAUGUAAAUAUAUCAAUUAUAACAUGAUUAUUGUUUAAAAUGCUUGUUUUUCAUUGUUUUUUUGUUGUUUUUGUUUUCAUGUGGGUAUGCUGAAAUGUUCCUAUUCUAUAUACAUUUCAAAGUAAAAAAAGAUGUUAUGAAUCGACUACUUGACAGACUAAUUUUGAUGAGGCAGUAUAAUAUUAAAAAAAUACAUAUUUUCUCAUAAACAAAAAAUACUAUUUUACACAAGGUACAUGGCAAGGUUAUUUUCCAUCUGUGGUUUAAUAAGACAUAAGAAAGGUUCGAAAAUAUAAAAAUCAAAAAUAUGUUUCGAAAGUUUUCAAUAUUCAGAGCGUAUAAUAAUGCUAAGAGCCCCCUAUGUAUUACAUGGGACUCAUAACAUAAAGGGCGAAAAGUAGAUGUUACAUUGUAUAUUAUGUGCACAAAUUUUGAGUCGAAAAUAUACAGAAUUGGAGCAUUUUAGCAUAACUACAUGAUUUCUUAUGAAAUAUUUGACAUAAAGUUAGACACUUGUUAAAAAACUUAUCGUUCCAUUGCCCAGGUGGUAUACCUAGGCAGUUAACUAUCUAGCGGAUAGAAUUAUCAGGCACUUAACUGUGAAACUAUUAUUAGCUACUCAAUUUGUUGGUUAGCGUAAAUUAAUCAUUAAAUUUCUCCGAUUUUGAGUCUGGAAAUUAUGUUUAUUUAAUUAUUGAGAAUUACAAGUACCUAAUUAAUUUAAAAACCAGGGAAUAAUUUGCA